AUGCACUGGUUCGUCGUUGUCAUAAUAAUCGUCCUCCUUCUUCUCCUCGCCUACCUCGCCUGGAUAGCCUUCACCCACUUCCGCGCCCGCCGCUCCGGCCUCCCGCCACCCCCCCUAAAAUCCUACAUUCCCUUCUCGUCCGCCUUCCACUCCUCCUCCUCGUCGUCGUCCCAAUACCUCAGAGACAGCAGCUACCCCACCCCGCGCGCCGGCGGCAUCGGCGACUGGUUCAAGGAUAAAUGGGACGCCGUGCGCAACCGGCGCACCGCGCGGGGCGCGUAUGAGUCGCCAUUGGACUCGGGCGCGGGCGCGGGUGGCCACCGUGGCUUUGGCAGUGGCGGCGCUGGCGGCGCUGGCGGCGGUGCAUAUGCGCACGAUGAGAUCUGGGAUUCGCGCGUCGGGGAGGGCGGGUAUGGGGGUGCUGGCGCGGGCUAUUAUGAGGAGCAGGAGGAGCUGGGGCUGACGAGGCAUGUGGACGGAAGCGGGCCGUAUGAGUUGGGCGGGCGGAUGGAGGCGGGCACCGUGCCCAAGGCUGGGCCGACGGCCAGCACGGUAACGGUCGAUUUACACGGAGGAGAGUCAGAGCCAGGACCCGCAGAGGCGGAGAGGGGUCGGAGUCGCAGUAGGGAGCCCGCGUAUGGAAGCCAGGCUGAUGGCGCUACGCUCCGCGAGAAUCCGUUUACGGAUCAGGCUGAGCCGAGCAGUUUGAGAGAUGCUAGCCCGCGGCCGGAGGUUGGGGGGCCGACUACUAAAACUACUUCUACUACUGGGGCUGAUACCGCCGAGGCUACACGGGGAAGAUCGCCGGAUAGAAAAAGCGGGUUUAUAGAGAGGUUAUGAGCGUUAUGAUUUAUUGUUUUCUUUUUCUUUUUCUUUUUUUCCGAUCCUUUUUUUAUUUUCAUGUUUAUGUCUUUUGUCUUUUUUUAUCACAGCAAUGUAUGUUUUUUUUCUUUUGGUUCUUUUAGUUAUGCUAGGGCUUGAGCAGCUGUUUUUUUCUUGUAUUAUUGAAUUGUCGCUUUGAUUAACUAUUCGUAUAUCUAACUAUACUUAUAUUGUUUA